UCUUCAGCAGUUGGCGCCACAGGAAGCUGCCGGGUGGGGGUUCAGUGCUGCUGCCUCCCCUCCCCUCCCCUCGUGGGAGGCUUUACAUUCUUUACUUUACUUCCCCGUGACGCCUACGGCAGGUACAGGCUGAGGGUGGACUCCCAGAUCCUCAUAACCCACCUCCAUUUGUUUUCUCCUCUCCUUGCUGACCCCUGCUGCCUGCUGCUCAAUAUUGAUGAAGACAACCAUAAAAAGCCGGUGGCUUAGAAAGAGGAAACUGGGCAGAGUUGAGCCACUCUGUGGUUAGCCUGGCUCAUGUGUCCCUUGAAACCCUGGUUGUGUGACAUGGGAGCUGCAAGAGCUGUUAACAAAGCCAGUUACCUACCUGAGCAAGAAUCGGGAACUCAUGGGCUCUGAGCCCAAGCCAUAUGCCCAGCCCCUGGACUCUGCAGCUGCAGCCUCAACCACCAAGGGUAGCUGUGGACCCAGGAAACCUGAGAAUCCAGAUUUCUUCUCAACUGUGGAAGAUGAGCAGGAAGAUGGUUUUCUGAGGCACCUCAGCGAGAGCACAGAAGACUUCAGCCUGGAUAUGGGAGCCCUUCAGGGCAGCGAGUACCUCCGGGAUCUAGGCUUAGGGGCCCCUUCUGACCUCCAUCAGUCUGAAGUGAUUAUGGACCCUGAGACCCACAGACAAGAAGCCAGAAGAGAGUCCUCCCACACAAGCUGUGAAGGAGCUUCGGCCCUGCCACAAAGACGCAGCUGGGAGAGGUCCCGGAGCUGCUCAGGGAGCUGUCGAAGGCUCAGCCUUGAUGCCUCCACGGUGGACAAAGGGGCCUGUCUCCCCCGGACUCUGGCUAGCCUUGCUCUGAAUCUGUCUGGAAAUGGGCAGAAGAUUUGGACCCAAGGAUGCUUACCUGUCAGUGGGACACCAGCACCCUCAAGCAAGGAAUGUAGCAGCCCUGAGAAAAGGCUAAGAUCCAAGUCAGUGCCUGUGUCCUGUGAGAUCAGCUGUAUGGAACUGGCUUCAGACUCAGAUGUGUGCACAUCACCUGUACAAGGCCUUGAACCCCCGGUGCUGGAGUGUUUGGAAAAGGACCAUGUGGAGCCAGAACAUGUGUUGAUAGUACAACAGGUGCUUCAGGAGCUGAGGCAGUAUCAUGGGGCCCGUCAGCGAGCUCGCAUGUCCACCAGCCCUGGAGGAGCCCACUCCAACCUCACCUGGUUUGAGUUCCUGUCUGAGAGCGAGGAUGGUGCGUGCAAGAUUGAGAAGCCCGGCAAGAGCACCAGAGUGAAGCGCAGCCUGAGCUCCCUCCGCAGCAGGGUCACGAGGCAGAAGGAGAAGGGGAAGAGUCCAGCACAUCUAAAAGAUAAGACUCAGGAUCUUCCAGGGAAGCGGGAGUGUGUCAAUGGGCACCAGCUGAUGCGAGGAACCUUCUCGGGCCACUCCAGCUGUCCUCUGUGUGGCGAACCUUUGCUGAACUCAGCCUCCCUGAAGGAGCACCCUCGGACCACACUUCUGUCUGAUGGCAGCAGCCCAGCUCCUUCCAGGAAUGUCGGCAUGACCAUCUCUCAGAAAGGGGGUCUCCAGCCAACACCGAGCCCAGCUGGAUCUGGGGUGCGACUUGGACCAAUUGCUGGAGACAUGGAUGAAGCUGACUCCGUGUUUUUAAAGUUGAAGCAGACGGCAGACGACUCUCUGUCACUCACAUCCUCGAAUGCUGAGUCUGUUUUCAUAGAAGACCCUUACAUUGCUUCACUGAGGUGUGAGAUCGAAUCAGAUGCACAUGAGUUUGAGGCCGAGUCCUGGAGCCUCUCUGUGGAUUUAGCAUAUGCCAAGAAACAGAAGAAGGAGGUGGUAAAGAGACAGGACGUCCUAUAUGAGCUGAUGCAGACAGAGGCUCAUCACGUGCGCACACUAAAGAUCAUGCUGAAAGUAUACUCCAGAGCCCUGCAGGAAGAGCUGCAAUUCAGUGGCCAGGCAGUCAGCCGUCUGUUUCCGUGCGCUGAUGACUUACUGGACAUGCACAGCCAUUUCCUUGCCCGCCUUAAGGAGCGCCGGCAGGAGUUCCUAGAGGAGGGCAGUGAUCGGAAUUACGUCAUCCAAAAGAUCGGAGACGUCCUGGUUCAGCAGUUCUCAGGAGAAACCGGGGAGAGAAUGAAGGAGAAAUACGCUGUGUUCUGUAGUGGCCACAAUGAUGCAGUCGGUCAGUACAAGCUAUUGCUGCAGCAAAGCAAGAAGUUUCAAAACUUAAUCAAGAAAAUUGGCAACUUUUCCAUUGUGCGAAGGCUGGGAGUGCAGGAGUGCAUCCUUCUGGUCACACAGCGCAUAACCAAGUACCCGGUGCUUGUGGAACGCAUCAUCCAGAACACAGAAGCUGGCACUGAGGACUACAAGGACCUGAGCCAAGCCCUGAGCCUCAUCAAAGACAUCAUCUCACAAGUGGACGCCAAAGUCAGUGAGUAUGAGAAGGACCAGCGCCUCAAGGAGAUUGCAGCCAAGACGGACCAGAAGUCGUCUGGCAAACUCAAAAACGGGCUAACCUUCCGAAAGGAGGACAUGCUGCAGCAGCGCCAGCUCCACCUGGAAGGCGCCCUCUGCUGGAAGUCCACCUCAGGGCGCCUGAAAGAUGUCCUCGCUGUCCUGCUGACCGAUGUGCUUUUGCUGCUGCAAGAAAAAGAUCAGAAAUAUGUCUUUGCUUCUGUGGACUCAAAGCCACCCGUCAUCUCUCUGCAAAAGCUCAUCGUGAGAGAGGUAGCCAACGAGGAGAAGGCCAUGUUCCUGAUCAGCGCCUCCAUGCAGGGGCCAGAGAUGUAUGAGAUGUACACCAGCUCCAAAGAGGACAGGAACAUCUGGAUGGCCCACAUCCGCCGGGCCGUGGAGAGCUGUCCUGACGAGGAGGAGGACGUUUUCAGUGAGGCUGAGGAGAAAAAGAUAGCUGAAGCCCGCACCAUGAAACUCCAGGAAUUUCAAGAGCGACUGAGCCUGAAAGACCAGCUGAUUGCCCAGAGCCUUCUGGAGAAACAGCAGAUCUACCUGGAGAUGGCUCAGCUGAGUGGGCUGGAAGAGUCAGCCCAGAACCGAGGCCUCUUCCGAGGAGGAGGAGACCCCUCUGAGACCCUGCGGGGGGAGCAGAUUCUCAGAUCGGCCAUGAGUGAGAUUGAGGGCAUCCAGAGCCUGAUCUGCCAGCGGCACCUGGGCAGCACCAGUAGCCAAGUGGAGGAGGGAAGUGUCUCUGCAGGCCUGCCUCGGCGGGCUGAGACCUUCGGGGGCUAUGACAGUGUGGGAAGCCCUAGCAAGGGUGGCAGCUUUAAAAGGAAGGUAUCCAACAGUGACCUCAGGCCCCAAGACUGGCAGGGACCUGCUAGCAGCCCAGACUCCAGGCCCUGUGACAACAGCGCCCCCAGUGGCUGCUGUGAGGAAUCGCCACAGGCUGUGGAGAUGCCUAGCACAGAGAGCCUGCCCACUGUCCUGGAAUUAGAGACCAAUUUGGCUUUCUCUCUGCAGCUGGUCCACCGGGUCCAGACACUGUCGCAGUUGCUUCUUAGUCUCCAGGCGGUCAUCGCUCAACAGGAUAGCUAUGUGGAGAUGCAAAGAACGGCCAUCCAGGAGCGCGAGAAGCAGUUCCGGCUGCAGUCAACACGUGGGAACCUGCUGCUGGAGCAAGAGCGGCAACGCAACUUUGAGAAGCAGCGUGAGGAGCGCGCCGGUGUGGAGAAGCUGCAAAGCCAACUUCGCCAGGAGCAGCAGCGAUGGGAGCGGGAGCGGGCACGCCAGCAGCAGGAACUGGAGCUGGCCGGUGCGCGACUGCAGGAGCGAGAGGGCGAGGCACGCCAGAUGCGCCAGCGGCUGGACCAGGAGCGCACCGAGCUAGAGCGACAGCGCCAGGCCUACCAGCAUGACCUGGAGCGUCUGCGUGAGGCCCAGCGAGCAGUGGACCGUGAACGUGAGCGCCUGGAGCUGCUGCGCAGGUUCAAGAAACAGAACACUGUACCAGGGGCACUGCCCCCGGAGGUGCUGGCAGAGGCCCAACCUGCAAGCCACCCUCCCAGCUUCAAUGGCGAUGGGCUGGAGGGGCACUCGGCCCCAGCCAAAGCACCAGGAACCCAAGGGAGCGCGAUGCUACAUGGCACAGGACCUGACAACGUAGAGCGACCCGAGGUGGCCCGCUGGGACAGUGCCCCCCCUGAGAGCCGGCCAGCCAAGAGCGAUGUGCCCAUCCAGCUACUCAGUGCCACCAAUCAGAUUCAGAGGCAGACAGCCGUGCAACAGCAGAUCCCCACCAAGCUGGCCGCCUCCACCAAGGGUGGCAAGGAGAAGGGCAGCAAGAGCAGGGGUUCCCAGCGUUGGGAGAGCUCAGCGUCCUUCGACCUGAAGCAGCAGCUGCUCCUCAGCAAGUUCAUAGGCAAGGAUGAGAGUGCAUCACGGAACCGCCGUUCACUGAGUCCCGUCCUGCCUGCCGCCCAUGGGUCUGCACCUGCCUCAGACCCCUGCUUCCCAGCCCCAAGCCCGGCCCCAGCUGCCACACCCCCCGAGGCCUUCAAGUUCGGAGGCACAUCACUACCACCUGUCUCCCCAGCUUCCUCGCUGCCAACCACACCACUCGCCACCACAGAUGAAGUUAGUAAGGAAGAUGUCAUCUUCUUCUGAGGGGCCAUGGCCCCAAGGGCAGACCCCUUUCUGUCCUGAUACCCUUUAUGUCUCUGGGGAUCCUAUGGGUGACUGUACUGUCUGGCCGUCCCCUUCCCCUGCACAAGCACAGCCAGGCACUUGUUCCCUUGAGAUUGCCCAAAUGGUAUGCCUUGAGUCUCACAGCUCGCUAUAGAUUUAGUGGCAAAACAUGGGUAGCCCCCUUGAACACACAUACAUACAUGCAUAUAUAUGUAUAUGUGUGUGUGUAUAUAUAUAUAUAUUAUAUAUAUAUGUAUGUGUAUAUAUGCUCAAAGUUCUUUUAAGUUGAAGGUGGAACCCCCCAGAGGUAUAAAGCCCAAGACUUGGGAGCCAGCCAGGAGACAGAGCAGGGCAGGCAGGUCUGAGAAGAUACCGGCUCCAGGGGCAGACUCCAUAACCCCCAGGAAUCUCUGAAUUAAACUGAGUCAUUUUGCACCAGAAGGCACUAGAAUCACCCAGAGUCCAGCGAAUCUCCACUUCCAAAGCAGCAACUGGCACUGGCCACAGCCUUGACCAGAAAAUGGCCUGGGCAACUCCAGAGGAUACAGAAAGACUCAGGCAGCCCCGGGCAAUCCAUGGAGCAAUGGACUGGAUCUGCGGGUUCAGAAAUCAAUCUGAUGAGGGGUUACCAACUGUCACUCCUUGCAGUAGGCUGGGGUCUUCCCAACUCUGCUUCUCAGGGGGCACCUGCCAUGUCCGCCCAUCCACCUUACCUGGGAUGCAGAACCCCAGUUUCAGCAGGGCAGCACAGACCGUGUUUGAUCGCUGUGAAAUGAGCAGAUUUUUCCUGGUCCUGUCAGUGUUCUCACAGAAAAGCAGAGCUAACACAUUCAGGGACAUGUGGAGGAAUAGCCUAGUGACAUUGCCGGUGAGUAGCCACAGAUGGCCAUCUUGGUACCACCUCAGCCUGUGCAGGAGUCGGGACAGCAGCUGGUCUUCUGGUCUGGUCUUGUUCCUAGACCUGGGCAGGUCUGAGUUCCAGGUCUACCACAUUUAGACCUGGCUGAGGUCCAGAAUCAUCCCUUAGCCAGGUUUCCCUGCUAUACCCUACCCUGAAGUACUAACAACAGGCAGGACCAAGUCCUACGCUUAUGGUUCUUAGUCUCCAGAGCCCAUCGUCCUAAGAAACCACUACAAAGACCCUGCCCUGUGAUACUUAGGUAGACAGUACCUUAGAUGGUCUGCAGACUGCCAGGCCAUCCCCACCUCUGUGGAACAGGGAAGUGUCAGAGGCUGCUGGCAUGAGCAAGAGCCCUCCAGAGCCAAGACCUAAGCACUCAUGAGCUCAGGGAGCGACUGUGGGCGUAGUUACCAAGAAUCCAACCGCGAGCUAGUAAGACAACAGGGUGCUGAAAGUGGUGGUCUCUGACGACUUCCGGGUGCCAGGAAUGGAGCAGGGUCCCCCUUGUCCUCAUCCCUAGGCCUAUGGACCCCAGCACCCGAAUAGCUCUUACUCUUGUCCUUCUGUUUCUAUCUUGUGUCCGGAGUGUGUCUAUAUCUUCCAGACCUCAUUGUGCCAUGUUGCUAAUCAGUGUUUUGUGGUUUGUUUUGUUGGUUUGGGUUUUGUUGUUGUUGUUGUUUUGUUUCUGUUUUUGUACUGAGAUGUAUCUGAGCACUUUAGAAAAGCUGACUUUUAAGUUCCCACUCUGUGAAGAGAACAUUCCAGUACCUAACAAGAGCUGGGUGGGCUCACCACCAGACACCAUGACUUUUUGGAUUUAGAAGUUCAAAUGGUUUCCACUUGGCCCUGGGAAGGAUUCAGUGUAUCCCCCACCAGGUGGCCAGGUGGUUCUCAGCUGUGUACUGUAAACAGUAGGACAGUGUCAUCAGUUACCUGUCACCAGCAGCCAUGGGUCCCUUCCUGGCAGAUCUCAUUUGUGAAGAUGGUGAGCCAGCAGCAUUCAAUCUCCCUUGUCAAUCGUGUCCAUGAUCUUCGCCUACCCCUGAUUAUUUUCACAGCGAUAGCAGAGCAUCCUGGCAACAGGGUAUUCUGGAACCACGCUAGAACUUGUGACCAGAUUCUAGCAAUAAAAUUAUCCAGAGCA